AUGUUCAGCACUUUCCCAUUGAGAAAACUACCGUUUGUCGCAUUGAAACAUGUGAUUAAAGUCAUGGAGAUUGACGAAAUAGUAAAAAUUGCGGUUACCUCGAAAUAUAUGGAAUCCAUUGUGAAAUUCUGUUGUAUUCGAAUUGGAGGGACUAUAGUUAGUUUCCACGGGGAAUACUCGUAUAUUAGUUUGUAUUACCCGGUAAUGUUACUUUUCUUUUGUUCCAAGCAGCUUUUCGAGCAUCCCAGUAGACCAAAAGUGACAAAACAGGAUUUGAAACCUUGGCUCUCCGACACAUCCACAAUUUUGGAAAAUACACGUCAACUAUUCACUCGGAUUCACAAAUUGUUCCAAUGUGGCCCGUACAGAUUGAUGAUUAACUCGUCCACUAAAAAUAUCAAGAAAAUUCUGGAAACUCCAGAGUUUCGAAACUUUAAAGCUUUGGUCUUGUAUGGGGGACAUUUUAAGAAGGAGCAGCUGGAUAAAGUGAUGGAAUUCGAGAUAGAUGAUCAAGAUUUGCGUAUAAUUAGGGGUGUAAUCCCAGAAGAUUAUUAUCAUCCAAAUCUGUUCAAGUACACUGCUGUCCAUUACUGCGAUGCUCGUUGGAUCCGUCUGGAACAUCUUCUUUCGAUUAAAAACAACUUUGAGAUCAAACUCGGAAAGAACAAUUUAACCAUUCCUGACAUCAACACAUUUCUUCAUCACUGGAUGACUUCGGAAUAUGAACCAUUCAAAUUUAUAAGCAUAGAUAUUGACAAAGAAUCAUCAAUUCCUCUCGAUGUUUUGUUUCGCGGGAUUACUGUAUUGAGAGGGUAUCGGUUUGGAACAUGGCGCAGACUAAUCUCAGUCAAAUCACCUAUGACUCGAAGUCUGCAAAUAAUGAGUAUAGUUUGGACAGAUUCGCGUAUUGACAUGAGUACCUGGUCUAUUCAUGAACGUCCCAAACAAGGGGGUCGUGAUGAUGAACCGUAUGUUCCAGAGUUCAAAGUUUUACAAUUGCUGAAACAGAGAAGAGUUUUGAAUUUGAAAUUGAAGAGAGUGGAAGAAUUUUCUCCAGAAAAACAGGAACUCAUAAAAAAGAUUGAUGACAGAAACAAUCAACUUCAAUUGAGAGGAGUGGAAUUUAAUAACGGCUGGCCUGUUCUACGCGGUGUUGAUGCAUCAGUCAGAGUGCUGGCCUGA